AUGGAAAAGGAAUACAACCUGGGGGAGCUCGGCCAGCACUCCAAGGAGAAUGACGCCUGGAUAGCCGUCAAUGGCGAAAUAUGGGAUAUGGCGGGCUUUGGUGGGAUUCACCCCGGCGGCGCAGACGUCAUUUAUGAGUACUUUGGCAGAGAUGCGAGCGAGGUCUACAAUGAAUACCACAGCCCAGGUCUGAUCUCUAAACACCUAGGCCCCGGAAAGAGAAUUGGCAGACUGCAACAGACAUUGCAGCAGAACGACACCGCUCCUUCGAUUUCAGCUAUUGGGUCGGCCUUGGCCAUUUCUAAGCCACCACUUACAUCCAUGCUGAAUCUCUACGAUUUCGAAGAAGUCGCCAAAUCCACCUUCUCCGACAAGUCAUGGGCAUACAUAUCAGGUGCAUCGAAUGAUUCUUGGACCAUGGCAGCCAACCAUGACUGGUACAAGCGCAUCAUGCUGCGACCUCGCGUGCUCCGGGAUGUUAGCGCCUGUCGCCUCGAGACUAUUAUCUUUGGCACCAAAUUCGGUAUGCCUAUCUUCAACGCGCCCGCGUCGCUGGUGCGUAUGGCUCACCCCGAGGGCGAGCUGGCUAUUGCAAGGGGUGCAUCAGCUCUUGGGAGUACUAUGAUCAUACCCAUGAUGUCGUCAUACUCGACUGACGAGAUCGUCGAAGAAAUGCCCCCUGACCACCCGUUCUUGUUUCAGGUUUAUGUCCAUCCUGAUCGGAAGUUUACAGCCAAUUUACUCCAAGAUGUCUGCAGCCGACUGAAGCCUAUCGCUAUCAUCGUCACAGUAGAUCUUCCAGCAUUUCCCAAAAGGGAGGCCAAUGAGAGGCUUGCCAUUAAGAAGGCAAUGGAGGCGGAAAAAGCAGCGAUGGGAGGGAAAGAAUCGGCCCCACCAGGCAGCAGUACCGCAUCAAAAGGGCAGAACCAAGCCAGGUCAGCAGGCCAAAACAUAGCAUCGAAUCUUGUUUGGGAUGAUAUCGAAUGGAUCAAGAAACUCACCAAGUUGCCGGUGGUGCUAAAGGGAAUACAGAGCGCCGCGGACGCCGAAAAAGCAUAUCGUCUCGGAUGUGACGGCAUCUACAUCUCGAAUCACGGGGGUAGAGCACUAGAUACGUCUAUGCCUAGCAUACUUGUGUUGAUGGAGAUUCAGAUGACCUGUCCCGAGAUUCUCGACAAGAUGGAGGUUUUCAUAGAUGGCGGAAUAAGAAGAGGAACCGAUGUCCUGAAAGCCAUCUGCUUAGGGGCUAAGGGAGUUUGCCUAGGGCGGCCUAUGUUUUAUGCUGCCAAUUAUGGCUCGGCUGGGGUUGAACAUGCGUUAAAGUUGGUCGCGGAUGAGUUGCAGGUUGCCAUGCAACUCGUGGGGAUCAAUAGUCUGGAUGAGGCAAACCCAAGCUUUCUAAACAGCCUCGAGCUGCAGCGCUACGUUUCUUGCGGAACCAAUGGCCGUUCCGCUCUGGGUGCAGCACGCAGCCACUUGUAG